CAACAACAACAACAACAACAACAACAACAGAUGCCUCCAUUACCACCACGUCCUGAAAAACAACAAUCCCUUAGCCUAGAUGUUGCUUCUGGUAUUGCUGUUAAGGUUAUUGGUAGCAAUAAAAAGACCAAUGACAAGGGUAAGGAAGUGUUAGCAUUCGUGAUAUUAGUUGGACAAGCUAGAAUUCUUGAUGGUACAAUUGUUGGAAUUGAGAAAGAAUUAUGGAGAGUUGAAAAAUUAUAUUCCGACUUUUUGGCUUUGGAUUCAAAAUUAAAACAACGCCAAAAUAAAGGCACUGCAAAUAAAAUUGGUAAACUACCAGACAAAAAUCUCUUCCACAAUAAUGCUCCUAGUAAAGUAGAUCAAAGAAAGAUUGCAUUGGAACAGUAUCUUCAACAUAUUAUUGCAUUACCGUUAAAAGACCCUAAAGAUUUAUGUGAAUUUUUAAGUACGAAUAUGAUUGAUCAGGAAGAAAAAGAUUAUCAGCAAUCUGGAUUUAAAGAAGGAUAUCUUACAAAGAAAGGAAAGAAUUUUGGCGGUUGGAAAUCAAGAUUUUUUGUGUUGAAUAGUCCCGUGCUUGAAUAUUAUGAAAGUAAAGGUGGAAAUCAUCUAGGUUCUAUUCGUUUAACACACGCACAAAUUGGACGACAACAAAGUAAUGUUAAUAAUGACACAGAAAAGGAUAGUGAAAAUUCUUAUAGACACGCCUUCUUAAUAUUGGAGCCGAAGUCUGGUUCUAAGAAUACUACUCAUACAAAACAUGUGUUAUGUGCUGAGAGUGAUGCAGAAAGAGACGAAUGGGUGGAAUCUUUACUUCAAUAUGUUGGUGAAGAAGAACGAGAAAUUAAAAAACAUUCAAAAAAGAAAUUUUCAAAAGAUAGUAUUGCAAAAGUCAACGCUCAACCAAUUUCUCAGUUAGGUAAAACCGAUUUAAAUACCAAGCUUAUUGAAACUGAUUCCGUUAUUCAGCAGGCUCAAAAAGAAAUUCGUCCUGAUAGGAGAAAAGGAAAUAACGAAUCUCUAUCAAGUAUUAGUAUUACUAAAAGCGAUAGUAUUAGCCAUAGUUCACAUCAUUCACAUCAUUCACAUCAUCAUCCAUCAUCAUCAUUAUCAUUAUCAUCUUCACCAUCAUCUAGUACGAAUUCAUUACAACAAUCAGAAUCAAGUGAUCAAUCAAAAAAUUCAUUUGGAGGUAAUCAACAACAGUCCAUGUUGAGUGUUUCCUCGAAUCCAAUAGUAAAACGUAGUAGUAUGUCAGUUAAUCGUGAAGAUUCGGAUCGAAAGGUCUCUCCUGAACCUCGAGAUAGUACGUCAUCACCUGUCCUUGGUAUGAGUGCUAAUAAUCAACCACAACAUGUGAAGCGUCAUACUGAUGAUAACUUUCAUCAUGAAAAGAGAAAAGGUUCACGUAAAACUUUCUUCGGUAGCAUGUUUGGUAGUAGUAAUAAGGAUGAAAAGAAAAAAUAUCAAGAAUCACGACCUGAUAUUACUAGAAUCGUUUUUGGUGUUCCAUUGGAUCAGGCCAUUGCAAUAGCACGAAUAAAAGAAGGGUAUGAACUUCCUGCUGUAGUGUAUCGUUGUAUCGAAUAUUUAGAUGCAAAGAAUGCUACAGAAGAGGAAGGUAUUUACCGUCUAAAUGGCGCAGCAGCUACUAUUAAAUUCUUAAAAGAUAGAUUUAAUACAGAGGGUGAUGUUGAUUUAUUGGGCGAUGGUGAAUAUUAUGAUGUACAUGCUGUGGCUGGUUUAUUGAAAUUAUACCUGAGGGAGUUACCCACAAGUGUUUUAACUCGGGAGUUACAUGCAGAGUUUGUUAAUGUUAUUGACCUCCUUGAUCGACGAGAUCGCAUAAAUGAACUUGGUCGUCUUGUCUCUGCUCUUCCUUUAUCAAAUUAUACAUUACUACGAACAUUAACUGGACAUUUGAUACGUGUGGUACAAAAUGCAGAUGUCAAUAAGAUGACUGUUCGUAAUAUUGGAAUUGUUUUCUCACCUACACUGGGUAUUCCUGCAGGAGUUUUUAGCCUUUUCAUGGCUGAAUUCGAUUAUAUUUUCUUUACUGAUAGUAACGGUACAGCUGCACCUAGAACUAUGGAGGCACCACCAUCUGAGACAAAUGAAAAUGAGCGAUCCAGUUCUGAGGUGGAUGAAAAUAAUGUAUCAGUGGAUACUUCGCAACCUGCGACGAAAGUUGGUUCUGAUAGCGAUCCUAUUUCACCUACUGCCUUAUCACCAAUAACCGCUUUACGAAACAGAAAUAUUCGUGAAGAUGUUACUGGAAGGAGUAAUCGUAAUAGUAUGCAUUAUAUGGAUGGUGCACCAGAAAAUGUGGUUGGUUUGGAAAGGAAAUUAACAGUUUCUAAAACUUUAAAGCGAGAUGAUUCUUCAGACGAGGAAGAAGUAAAUGAUCUUGCUCUUCAAGCAGAUGAUGAUGAUGCUGAAUCUUCUUCGGCAGAUGAAUCUACCUCUUCACCGCCUAAUUCGUCGAUACGUUCAGCACCUGUUUCAGCACCUGUUUCACCACGUUUACCUGCUCCAAAUGGAUUUCAUCGACCUAAUUCACCUUCAGGUCUUCAUGUAGAAUUUGCAGAUAAUGAUACUGUUCCAGAAAUGGAUUCACUCGAGUCACAAAGAUUGCAUCGAUUAACUGUAAGGAACUUUACAGAACGUGAUUCUAUGUAUGAAGUGUUUUCAGAAAAUCAAAGGAUAUUGGAUGCUCUAAAUGAAGGUGUGAAUCAGAAUAAUAAUCAAAAUUUGAAUAUAACUAAUAAUUCCAGUUAAAAAACUAAGUAGUCUCAAAAGGUGGAUUUAGUUAGUGUCAAAUGUUACUCUUAUAAUAACAGAUUUUUUGGUGUUCAAAACACUUUCACGCAUUUCAUUUGAAACUACUACAUUUUUAAUUUAUUCAAUGCAUUUUAUCUUCACUUUUAAAGUGAAAUAGAAAAAAUAUUACAUACAAAACUUUUGUUUUAUUUAUUAUUGCCUUCAAGAACUCAUACUUGAAUUCUAAUUAAUAUAUAUACAUACCUC